AUGAGAAUUUACUGGAGCGACGAAGACAAUCCAGUGCUAACGAGCGUCUCAUGGGCCAAGUGGACUGAGCGCAUGGGCGUUGCCGCAACCGAAGUUGAAGAGGAUGAUGUGGCGUGCCGGCUUAUGGUUACUGAUAUUAUGGUGGUGGUUCGCCGACAGAGUGAAGAACAUACACUUAUGUACAGAGCUCUGGUAUACGCUUGUGGAGACUAUCCUAUGGAACGCGAGCCGAACUCCUCUGGAGCUCAACAUUGGUUGAAUGUUAUGCGUGGUAAAGAUAGGACGCACAUAGGAGAGGAGGGGACGGAUCCGUUUAACAGCAUGCCCAAGUAUCUACUUGUUAACGCAACAUUGGUUGUCGACAUUCCAGGCAAGAUCGUUUUAGGCCAAAGUCUUGUGUCAAUUGAGGAACCUCCUAAGCCUUCUCCGUCGCUCUCUGUCAAAUACGAAAAUUGGUCGUCAUUGCUAGCUUUACAAAGUUUUGAGCUGAACAUCGAAUUCGGAUUCGCGGGAAGCGUUUACGUCCUUGUCCGUCUCAUAACCGCCCAUACGGGUGCAACUGAGAUCCAAGAUCUGAUGCAGCGGGCUCGCCGUGUCGAAUGCGGAGAAGAGAGUCCCGAGUGCCUCCGGUGCGCAAAGACCAGACGCAGAUGUGAUGGCUAUGAUCCAGAUCGUCCAGAAAUGUCAAGCACCGCACUGGCACGAAAGGCUAGUGUGGUGUCUUCGUUGAGCGCAAGAACAGUCGCUAGCCCAAUUAGAAAUUAUACUGCAAGUAAAUCGCAUUACCGUCUCCAAAUAUCAAAGGAGACGAGAAGGAACCAAGAGAGAUGCCAUUCGGAUCCUCCUAUCCUCCAUGCGGUUAUUCUCUUAGGGUUCAUCCACGAGUUCUUCAAGUUCGGCGAUGUAGAACUUCUGGAGGCGGGAUCUAUUGAUGAUCCCAAGCAACGAUUUGCUCUGAUACAGAACAACAAAGCUAUACAGCACUUGACAGAUGGUCUCAAGAUCCUAGGCGACUGGAUGGAGAGAAAUGGACAUAACCCACAGACUUGUCCAGAGCCAAACUUGACACGAGGAUUAAUUCGCUCGGAAUUCGUAAGAUUACCUCUGUUCGAUGCUUUAAAUAUUCAAGCGACAGAAAUUUUACCAACUACUUCUAUUCCGUGGGGAAUGACUAUGGGGUCCACUCGGGUAGAUUUCAGAACCCAGAGUACUACACAAAAUGUUAUUUUGUCUCUCAGUAAAGCAAAAUAUCAUUUGCAAAACCUGACUCAUGGAAUCUUGGAGUACAAUCGAAGUGCAGCAGAGCAGCACAGCUCAGAUAGGACGGGAAAAGACGUUACUCUACGCUCGGACACCAUGGAUGCUAUCAUCGAGGAGAACAGAAGACAGGCUCUCCAACUUGAGCAGUGGUCCAGCGUCUUCAAUAUCUUCGCGUAA